AUGGACUCCCACUGCCGCAAACUAGCCACCACCUGCGCACAAAUAGAAAAGAACCAAAAUAAAAACAACAACAACAACGACGACUCCUCGGACGACCCGUCGAAAAAGAAGCGUCAGCGUCGGCAGAGGACUCACUUCACCAGCCAGCAGCUGCAGGAGCUGGAGGCCACCUUCCAGAGGAACCGCUACCCGGACAUGAGCACCAGGGAGGAGAUAGCCGUGUGGACCAACCUCACAGAGGCCCGGGUCAGGGUUUGGUUCAAGAACCGACGGGCCAAGUGGAGGAAACGGGAAAGAAACCAACAAGCCGAGCUCUGCAAAAACGGCUUCGGCCCUCAGUUCAACGGACUCAUGCAGCCCUACGAAGACAUGUACCCCAGCUACACCUACAACAACUGGGCCGCCAAGGGCCUCACGUCGGCCUCCUUGUCCACCAAGAGCUUCCCCUUCUUCAACUCCAUGAAUGUCAACCCUUUGUCCUCGCAGACGAUGUUCUCGCCGUCCAACUCCAUCUCCUCCAUGACCUCCAGCAUGGUGCCGUCGGCGGUCACCGGGGUGCCGGGCUCCGGCCUCAACAGCCUCAAUAACUUGAACAACCUCAGUAACCCGUCGCUCAACUCGGGGGUGCCCACCUCGGCGUGUCCCUACGCGCCUCCGACCCCUCCCUACGUGUACAGGGACACUUGUAACUCCAGCCUGGCCAGCCUGAGACUGAAAGCCAAGCAGCACUCGAGUUUUGGAUACGCCAGUGUGCAGAACCCAGGCACUAAUCUGAGCGCUUGCCAGUACGCCGUGGACAGACCAGUCUAAUACCUACCUGCAC